CAGCAGCAGGAUUCACGGUGGCGCCGUUCCAGGCCAAUGGUGGUCUAGAUCGCCCGGUCCUCGCAAGUUCAGCACCCUUUCCCCAACAUCAUCGAUACCUCUGAUCUAUAUUAAUAUGCUAAGCAACCUCCCUUCCCACUCUCUUGCUUCGCCAUUGAAGAAGUGUCACCAAACUGCUCUGCUCGCUCAGAAAACCUUUCCGUAAUGGGCGGAGACAGCUUCUUCCUUCCUACUCCUCCAUCCGCCGACGAAUCAUUGCAAGGUCUAAAUUCGCCGCACGAAUCGCCAAAUUCCAGUGUUUCCAGUAGGGACGAGGAGCAUUUGAAUUGUGAAUCGGAAAACGAUUUGGGGGAAGUUUCUUCGAUCUCUGCGGCUGUGGAGAGGCAGAGAGUCAAGGUCUAUGCAGAUGUUUUGGGGAGUUAUGAGUUGUUGAAGUCUCGGACGAACAGAUUGGGGGAAGCCAAAAGUAGAAUACUAAGUUAUUACCCGGGUUCGUGGGAUGAAAAGGCAGGCGGGGAGGCUCCGCCUGAAUAUUUGGUGCCAAAUAUUACGUGUCUCUUGCUCGUCGGCGCUGUAGGUUCUGGAAAAAGUAGCCUUGUUAAUAAAAUUUCUCGGGUGCUUGAGGAUGAUGUGUUUGCAUCGGAACGAGCUCAAGUUUCAUAUAACUCUUCUAAUGGAGAAGCUACCUAUUUUCUUCACGAGUAUUCAAUUCCACGAGGCUCAGGUUCGUUCUGUUUAUACGACACACGCAGUUUAUCUGAUGAUUCUACUGAAAACAUGAAAAUGGUCGAGUCUUGGAUGAAAAAAGGUGUUCGUCAUGGAGAACUCAUAACAAGGAAAUCGGACAACAAGGUUUUAAGAGCUCGGUUGAAGUGUAAGAAUCGAACAACACCAUCUUUUACCAAAUACAGGACAGUUAACUUUGUCAUAUUCGUUGUGAAUGCCCUUUCGAUCUUGGAAGAAAUGGACGGUGAUGCUGAAAACAAAUGGCAAUACUCUCAAAUGAUUGCUACAAAUUUCAAUAACCCGUUGUUGUCAUUCAAAGAUGACAAGCCUGCUGUUGUAAUUACACAUGGAGAUCUACUGCCACUUUCCGAGCGAGUGAGAAUUCGCGUUUAUCUCGGGGAGUUGCUGGGAGUUUCUCCAACAGGACAGAUUUUCGACAUUCCAGGAAACGAUGACCCGGACACCCAAUUGGCAAUAGUCGAAAUGUUAGCAUACUGCCUUGAACGUGCCGAUAGAAAUCUUUCUUUGAAAAGCCCCUUCUUCCUCAAGGUUCUAAGAUGUGUCUCCCCGGAUUUGAUAAUUACUGUGAUGUUUUUACUAAUCGCCAUUAUCCUACGGCAUGGUUUUUACCGUAGUCGGGAUCCCACUUGUCCUAUGCAUCAUCCAACAACGGGAGUGGAAGUCGAGUGGCGUAAAAUUCGACAUAUGUGGCUGGGAGAAUAGGUACGUACAUGUUAUGAAUCUAUGUCAAUACAUAUAUAUAUAUAUAUAUAUGUAUGUGUGUGUCUAUCUACAUGUAAAUGAUAAGUGAAUUUAUAAAUGUGGUGGUGAUGGUUAAUAGAAGCAAAGCUUUGGUGUUGAUUGAUCGUCUUGAUGUAAAGAAAAUAUAGCAAAUAUAUUGUAUUUCAAGCACAAUAACCAUAUUAUACAAUAUACCAUAAUAUAUAUAUAUAUAUAUAUAUAAUAUCAUAUAUGCUAUUUAUUUUGUAAUAAAGUGUUAAUUGCUUGUGCUGGUUUGAUCUAAUCGUUGUCUAUGUAAGAGAUAGAAGCUAGUAAAUUUUGUUAAUAUUUUUUAUUUGUUAAUUAGAGUUGAUCAACAUUGAUUACAUAUUUUCUAGAAUUAUACUACAAGGUUUGUUUGGUUAGGUUGUGUAUCAUAGUUUGAAUUCACGUAAUAGUCUGAUAUUUGUAUGAGAAAAUACUAAAUUUAUUAUGCUAAAUAUUUGGUACAAUUACUAAAUUAGAAAAUGGUACAGUUGUUAUUUUACGGACUAAAAUGGAAUCAGGAGUAUAUUUUUUUUUAUUGAAAAUUAUAAAUAUUCAAAUUAAAUACAUCAAUAUAGUUUUAAUAUUUUCAUCGUAUUAGAGUUAUAAUUUUAUUUUUAAAAUAAGUAUGUGUGUAUAUAUUUAUUU